GGUGGCCCCUUGCUGAUUCAGAUGUUAGGAAUUUGCAUCUGAUAGCUGUUUGUCAACCAAUGAUUUGACUCUGCGACUGCGAGCACGCCUCUGAUGAGGAGGCUCAGAUACGAAGUGACCUCUGGAUCAAACUCCCAAACCGAAUUACACGCGAGCUGAUGCGUGCGUUUAUAUCCCACCCCAUGAAACCACUUUCCGUAUGUUUGAUACAAAACAAGCUUUUUCUGUAGUAGAUUCUCAGGGAGACCAUGAAGGUUUCUGCCCGUUCCCGAGAGCUCAGGAACCAAACGGAAGCGUGAUUAGGGCAUGCUAGAUUCCCCUCUUCCUCUUCUGCCGGUGCCUCGCCGUAACGACGCCUCAACUCUCACUACCUCGGGCCUCCAACCGCUCCACCACCUCCUCCACCGCCUCCCACUCCUCCUCUCCCCCCCCCGUGUUCUGCAGCCGCUCUCCACCCUGCAGGGGGUCGAAGGUGCCACGACACAGCCUCUCUCUUCACCCUACAGCCUCCUGAGAGGGCUGGGGGAGGGUGACCGAGAAGGCACCGGCAGCACCGACCGAACCAGGCGUCCGGUCUGAACCCCUCCCCGAGCGGACCGGUGGCGGCGGUGCUGGUGGUGGUGUCGGUUGUGGUGUUGUCGUCGUGGUGGGGUUCCAGUCUCCCAGAGCCGGCGUGGAGGGCGUGCAGGUGAGCGGGCGGAGGCGGCGUCCCCUAGUGAUGAAGCUUCAGGCGGUGAUGGAGAACCUGCACCGACAGCAGCGCGCGCGGCUGCUGAUGGAGCUGGAGACGCAGCAGCAGCAGCUGCAGCAGGCGGCGGCCGCACGCAACGCCGCCGCCGCCGCCGUCGCCGCCGGCGCCGCCGGCAACGGGGGGGGCGUGGCCAUGGAGGAGGAGAUGACGGUGAGCCCGGAGCCGGAGCAGGCGCAGAUCGCGGCGCUGGCGGCCAUGAGGGCGGUGGCGGCGGGGCUCCAGCGGGCGACCGGCAGCCCGCCGUCGGAGCGCAGCAGCGGGGGGGAGGACGAAGAGGAGGACGAGGAGGACGAGGAGGAGGAGGAAGAGGAGGGAGCCGGCCAGUACAAGGACAUGAUGGGGUCGGAGGAGGAGGAGCAGAUAAAGCAGAAGUGGGACGAGGAGGACUUCGAAGGGGAGAUGGAGGAGGACUUCGACGAGGCGCUGGAGGAGGAGGAGGAGGGCGGCGGUCGCAGCCUGCCCACGGGCCGGGACGCCGUGGCCCCGGGGAAGGGCAUCCUGCUGCUGCCCCACCGCCAGCUGCACCCCCACAGCCAACUGCUGAAGGCCCGGCCCUACGUGGACCAGGAGCCCCGCGUGCUCAUCCUGCCCCCCCAGGCCGCCGCCGCCGCCGUGGCCCAGAUGACGGGCCAGGACCACGGGGACUGGACCUACGAGGAGCAGUUCAGACAGCUGUACGAGCUGGACGGAGACCCCAAGCGGAAAGAGUUCCUGGACGACCUGUUCAGCUUCAUGCAGAAGAGAGGGACCCCGGUGAACCGCAUCCCCAUCAUGGCCAAGCAGGUGCUGGACCUGUACAUGCUGUACCAGCUGGUGACGGAGAAGGGCGGCCUGGUGGAGGUCAUCAACAAGAAGCUGUGGAGGGAGAUCACCAAGGGGCUGCACCUGCCCACUUCCAUCACCAGCGCUGCCUUCACCCUGCGCACACAAUACAUGAAGUACCUCUACCCCUACGAGUGUGACAAGCGGGCGCUGAGCAACCCCAACGAGCUCCAGGCGGCCAUCGACAGCAACCGGCGCGAGGGCCGCCGGCAGAGCUUCGGCAGCUCGCUCUUCACCUACUCCCCCAAUGGGACGCCCACCAUGCUGUCCUCCCCCAAGGUGCCCGGCCACGGGCAGGGCCACGUGCACGGCCACGGCCACGGGCACGGCGGCGGCGGCCACGGCCACGGCCACGGCGGCAUGUCCCUGGGCACCAACGGAACCUCGCUCACCCCCAUCCAGAAGAUCAAGACCGUACUGAGGUGGUUGUCCCCCGGGGGUCUUCCUCUCUCUGCUGUGCCGUCAGAAGAGGAGGCGGGCCAUCCUCUGUCUGGGUUCGGCGCCAUGAGUCGGCUGACCGGCAGCCCGCUGGCGAGGCACUCCAUGGCGGCCAUGCAGGCGGCGGCGGCGCAGGCCACCAUGGCGGCGCAGGUGGCGGCCCUGGAGCAGCUCCGGGACAAGCUGGAGGCCGGGGAGCCGCCGGAGAAGAAGAUGGCGCUGCCCGUAGAGGAGCACCAGCGGCUGAUUCAGAGGGCCCUGCAGCACAACCUGCUGGCCAUGACCGCGCAGAUGCCCAUGAACAUCCGCAUCAACAACCAAGAAGGCAGACAGGACUCCGCCCUGAACCUCACCACCAGCACCGCAAGCAGCAUCAGCAUGUCUGUGGAGCUCAACGGAGUCGUGUACACCGGUGUCCUCUUCGCCCAGGGCGCGGGCCCCGCCCUCACGGGCCCUUCGUCCCUCAGCAAAGCCAUGGGGGGCCGCGGGGGCCCUCAGCAGCUCCCGACCACGCCUACCUCAAGCAAUCCGUCGUCAUAACAACCCCGGAGCCCCCCCCCCCACCCAGUUUGUAACUAUUAAGCUAAAUCAAGCCAAAAACCAACCUCGUUUUUUCUACAUAGUGUAUGCCAAAAAAGGAAAAGAAGAAAACCACACACUCAACAUAAAGACUCCAAACUGAAACUCAGACCACUUUACAUACCCUAUCUCUCAGGUUAUAUCACUAUCCAUCGGUUUCUUUGUGCUACAGAACCCAACGGGAAUCCAAAGAAAGAGCCAGUAUAUGAAAAAAAAAAAAAAAAAAGAUAUAUGCACAACAUGUGAAUAAUAUAUUUCUACAUAAAUGUACAUAUUACAAGAGAAAUGAGGUUCUAUCGAGGAAGGGUAAUGCACUGUUUACACACAGAUUAACAGACAAGCACACAUAUAUACAACCCCACCAACAGACACUCACACACACUCAGCUACUGACUGACAGUGAUGUUUGUCCUCUCAGAUAUUUUUUUCUUUUUACAAUAUUAUUGUUUUUAUUAAUAUUAUUAUCAUUAUUGUUAUUCUUGUUGGAUAUUAUUGUAAUCUUUAACAAUUCUUACUGAAAAAUAACUACACAUUCCCCAAUAUACUUGGGGGGUUUUAUUUAACAAAGAAAAAAAAGGAGAUUAUCAGUAUCCUCUAUUUUUAAUCAGAAGGAAAGCUUUAAAAAGUGUAUGUACUUUUUAUUCAGGGCAUAUAUAAUGAAUUACCGUCGUGACCUCAUAUUGUGUGAAACAAUUGCUUUUGCAUGGUGCAGCUGGAAUGGUUGAAUCAGCCCCUCCUCCAAGAUACAACAUUUGAUAUAUAUUCUCUGAUGCUACUGGGAAAGCCAUAAAGCAGUCCUCCUCUUGACUCGAGAGCUUCUGGUUCCUGCUUCCAGAACCAGAAUUCUUCCCUCGGCCUCGAUCCGGGUGUUUUCUCAGACGUCAACGUCUCGCUAACGCUUUCAUCCACCAACCCACGGGUCCCCUCCCCACAGCGCCAUGGCAACAAGGGUUGAUCAAUAACCCCGCCAUUACGAGCCUGUGCGUCCUGCUCGUUAUGUCCUUCACCGCACAAUCACCGCAGUCCCCCGGUGUUUGGUUUCUGUUCCUUCUGAGGCCUUAGCUUAGCUUAGCAUAGCAUAGCAUAUUACGAGAUGAGUGUGCACAGUAUACCUCUUCUCUUAUCAUGCUUACAGGAAUGACUUGGUGUUGCUAUUUUUUUUUUUUUGGGCUUUAUUACCAAUUGUGUGGCCAUUACAACUGCUGACAGUGAAACAAAAUGAAAGUUACAUUUUGUUAAACCGUGACUGGUGACUGUAUCUCUCUGGUUAGCUAUGUAGCUACUAAAAAUAGCUAUAGUCUAACCAACUUUUUUUUAUUAUCAGGAAAUGUCGUCUGUUUAAAGGUUGCUGGUUAAUGUAUCAGUGCUCGGAGCCUGUCGACAAACCCUCUCAUAACUUCACUCCCAUACUCUCCUGUACCGAGGCAUAUGUGGUCAUGUAACCUUUUUAAAGUGGGUCAACGUUUGAAAGUUUACAUGACUUGACAACAGGACCUUUUGCUUCCUGAUCAUUUGAUUGUUUCGGUUUCUACGAAUUCUUAUCAUUCGUUUUGGCGCUAUCAUUUUCUGAAAUAGGGCUAUUCGUCUGAAUAGGUUUCUAGUUUUAAGGUUUGCAGAUAGAAAUGAGUCAUUUUCUGGCACACAGAGAUGGAUAUCAACAAUAUCUGUGCAGAGUUUUGCAAAUGAGCGUUUUUCUGAUGACAACUAAAUGUCUGUACUGUCUUUUCUCUGCAUGACAUCCGCCUUUGGGUGGGCCGGUGACGUAUCCAAAGCACCACUGUGUGAGGACUUGGCUUGGUUGUUGUUUUUUAAGUAUGGGUUGCCUUGAAAUGCGCAUUUUCAGCUUUUUUAUUAUGUGUUGUUGUGUAUGUUUUUACUCAAUUUGCUGAAUGCAAUCAGCCACUACCUGUGAUGGUCAAAUGAGACAUCAUGGUGAACUACAAUGAUCAACGGAAAUCUAAUGUAAUCUAAAUCUCUUUUUAGUCACCGUUACCUUCCCUCGCUCUCUCUCUCUCCCUCUGCUUUCCCUGACACAGAUGUCACAGCUCAGCUCCAGUUUGGGAAAAUGGCUGACAAUCAAAGCAAGACAUUCUGUCGUGGCCGUUGAAACACUGAGUGGCCUAUAAAGGGGUUUGGGGGUGGUGGGGCAAAAGGGCAGGAAGUACGCACAGACAAUUCAAUCAAUCUCCAAUCUAAAGGGUCAGCAGUGUGGUUUGAGAUUGACCCGACGACCUUUAAGGCCCCCCCCCCCCCCCCCCCCCCCCCCCCCCCCCCCCUCCUGCGGGUAUAAUGCUGGCACCUGCCCAUCAGUUCAAUUCAAGCAGUGGGACGGGAGAUCAGAGCUAGCUGGAUAGCGACAAUUAGAGGAUAUUUUCUAUGUACCGCAAAUGCUGAAUGGAUCCGUAUGGGUGUGAGCAUAGCAAAGCUCCUCUGUCUACCUCAAGGACUUAAUAUAAGGAAAAGUGUACUCAGGACAGAGCAAUUACACAAAGCCCUGUGAUAUUUAUACAAAAAAAGGUGUUUGGUUUAUGCUGGUUCAUAAUAUGAAUUGGAAUCUAGGGUAGAAUAAAAAUAUAUAUUGUUUCGAAAACUACCGGACAAUCUGAUGUCAUCUGAACAUCAUUUGAUGAGAAUUUACUAUAAUUAUUUUAGCAGGGUUAAGGGAAACAUCUCAAUUAUGUGUUGGGUAACAGUGCCCCCUAGUGGAAUGUUUCGUAACAACGGACAAUCACAGAUCUGCAAUCAGAUCUUCUCUCCUCAAGGCAGUCUCAGUCAUAAGGUUAGCCCUGGGGAAUUCAGAUCUUCCUUCAAACUAGAGUCACUGGUAUAUUAUAUUCUAUGCGUUUAUUCAAACGUAUUGGUAUUUCUCUUGUCCCCCUCACAUGGAAACAGUCCAUACCACUUGGCUUUGUCCCUUUUUAUGGCAUGGAUUGUUUAUUUAAUUACAAAGUCUAUCAUAAAAUGUGCAUGAUAGACAUGAAGAGGAAUACCGUGGUGAGACGUCGAUGCCUUCUGCUGUGACAAUUGUAGGAAUUAACCUAUGUAAAGAUUUAUUAACAAAUUUGCUUUUUUUCCCAGGGCUACAGAUUAUAUCAUGUCUAUAUUAUUGUUUGUUAACAAUUUUGGUUGCUAAUUUCUUGCCGUUUAAAGAUAUGCUGUAUCCAGCCCUGCACACAGAGAUUACAUGCAGAAAAGAACUAAUCAAAGAUUGAAGUGAUGAUAUACUGCUACUUAUAUUGAUAUGUGACGUUGGUGAUGAUUCUGGAAGUCACUUGGGCAGGUGUCGCUUUGCAGCAGUGUAAAAAAGAAAAAGAAAAAAAAGUGUUCCAUAUAAUCCGGAAAAUCUCAAAUUGUAUCCAAGGCUGUCUUUUUUUUAGGAAUUCUCAGGAAAACCUACAUCUACCUCCAGUGUGACAGACACCCGAACCCCUGACAGUUCGGACGUAACAGUUUAGCGCGUACAGAGUUAGCGCACGAGUUACGAAUCGAAUCUACUUUACGCUCUCACACUCUCUGGUUGUUGUUGUUGUUUUAAAGGCGUGUUACAGGUUUUUCUUACGUGUAGCACUACGAUGCAGUACAUGCAGUCUGAUUGGUCAAAGGAGUGCCACCAGUCACAUUGUAGCUCUGGGUGCGACCGGUUGCUGUGCUGCUACUUCUUAGGAUGAUGGAUUUGCAGUACCCCCGCUUUUCUGUCGGUUAGGCCUAUAUCAACAUGUGCUUCUUAUCUUUUAUUUUCUCCCCCCCCCCCAUGUUUUUAUUCGAACAGAUGAAAAGUAGUUUUUUUCUUUCUGCUACUUGUAGACAUAGUGGAAGUUAAGAGGAGCAAGGAGAUGGGUCUCUUUGUUUUUUGUUUUGUUGUUAGCUGGGUCCAAGUCCCAGAUUAUACAUUAUCAACAUGCUUUUCCGAAUGUGAGAUCAAUGGCUAUAUACAACGUUUUUUUUUUUCUUUCUUUGGGGAGGGGGGGGGGGGGGGGGGGGGGUCUUGUUAAUGCCUAUUUACUCAUUAAUAUGUUUGUGUGAAUACUAUUAUUUUGAAUCUCAAAUAAAAUUGUAACUUUCUCAAUUGUCA